GUCACGUCUUGCAUAUUCUUAGUUUCCCUGUUUGUACCCCUUCUCUCUUGUAUAAGCAUGGCUUAUAUUAAAGGAUCCGUGUAUGCUGUGCAGACAUGUUUUCCUUGCUGAUCUUUAUUCUAUCUUGCUUUCUCACAGUCCCGCAAAAUCAUUCCACACAAAUCUGCAUCUACCUGUCCUCACAUUACGCUGUAUUAUACUAGCCAUGCCUCUCGAACACGCCUAUGGCAUCUGGGUAGCCACCCCAACCGCCUUCACCUCCGAACGCACCGGCAAAAGCCCCCACGGUAGCCUGAUCUUUGAUGACGGGCUGGGCAAGUACAAACGUCUCUCCGCCGCCAUCAAUGUGAAAUCUCUCAGCUCGGACACACAACUCGUCUACUGGAGCAACAUAUCCUUCCAGCACCCCAUCACCGCCAAACUCCAGGACCUCGCAAAGGGCUUUCACGCCAUCACCGGCUCCGACCAAGGUCCUAACGGAUUUGCCUUGGACCUCCUCCGCGGCAAUCUCGUCGAUCUUAAGCAGGGCACAGUCCUCUCGACUAACGUUGACGGCGCAGACAACGAUAUCGUCGACAAACUGACGGAUAUAUUCUCUAGAGCCGUUGACGCCAAAGCAACUGUGUACCUUUGGGGCGAGCAGUACAGUCCGACCCCUGAUGGGAUUCACGAUAUUCACAUGAAUCAGGGAAACUAUGGAGAAGCGUCGUGGACGAAGGAGAACGGUAUCUACCAGGAUGGAUCGUUCAUGUUGAAGUACCCGGAUGGGCAUUGGGAGGCGGUGUUCAUUGCGUUUGCGUCGCAGUAUACUGAGACGGACGAUGAGGGACAGCCGGAGAAGGGGGCGGAUACGUUUGCGCAGUUGUUGACCGGCAGAUAAGGUAGUGGAAGAGUAAUGGUGAGGCGGCAAAGGUGGUGUCGCCGCUGUCGUUGGGGACGGCUUCGCAUGGAGGGGUGCGUGCACCGAGUCAUGUCACGGUGCAGGAUGCGGAGAAGAUUGGGUUGCAGGAGGCUGCCGGUAUCGGGAAUGGGGAGGCGGGUAAUAUACCGCACGUUAAGCUGCGGGUGUCUGGUGGCAGUGUGUGCUU